UGAAUGAUUCUUCAGACGAUCACCAUGAAGCACCACCACCAAAAGCUCCUCUUCUGGCUUCCUUGAACUGGAGCACAAGAAAAACUCUUUUUUCAGAGAGUUGGAGGGCCAAAAGACCCCAUCUGGUGAAUACCAUGGCAGCUCAAGAAAGUGUGUCGGAACAUAUAUGCCAACAAUGUGGGAGCAAUCCAGCUGUGCUUCGUUGUCGUGACUGUCUACCUCGCCCCCUUUUUUGUGAUAAUUGUGAUGUCAUCACGCACACCAGAUAUGUCCUUCACAAUAGACGUGCCACGACUGCCGGAUUCUUCCAGCCAUUGCCUCCAACAACUUACAUUGUAAAUAAGACCCUUUGCCAUGAUGCACGACUUGUCUCUGUGGAGAGCCCAGUCAGAAUCUGCGGCUGUCCACCAGAGUGUUUGAGGGUCAGACCAGGAAAGGUUGUUGCUGUGGUCACAAUGAAUGGACGUUACAAUCUCAGCAUGCCAGAGCUGAGGUGUGAGACAUGUGAAGCUUCUUGGACUGCUGGAGUAGAUGACCUAAAUCGAAGUGAUUACUGGCCCGCUACCCUUCACUUUUCUACUUUGUACGCAACAGAUGUCUUCUUUACAUUUGAAGAAAUGAAGAUGGCAUCACCCGGACUCUCCUGCAAAGCAUUUUUAAAAAUGCUUGAUCAACGAACUCUCCAUUUUGGCCGUACGGGAAAGAUCUCUGCAGAUGGCUUUCAGAAAAGUUUUUUUGAGUGGGAAGCCGUGAGAUAUGAAUUAGAGAAGAUUUUAAAGGAGGAUCCCUUCUCAUGUCAAGCAUGUGCCCCAGACAUGCUUGCAAUUUCAGUGGAUGGAAACCGCAAGCAUUACCGUUUCAAGAAUGCAGCCAGAUCUGAGGAACAGGGCAUCUUUGAAGACGCCUUCAUAGCAAAGGAUGAAGAUGUGGGAAGAUUUGUGGACUACAUACACAGCACAUCCAGACAUGUAAGAUUGAACACUCUAAUUACAUAG